UCAACCCGCGCGGGCCCUUACUUGUUCCACUGAGAAUUCAUCUGGGCUCCCGGGUGACGAGUGCACAGAAAUGGUUCCCACAUUUCGGAUAGGCUGUUUAUUGCUGCUGAUCGCGUUCGGUUCUGCACCCGCCGCGGCAGAAGUAGACACCGACCUGGGAACGCUGGAUUUGAACAAAAUCGACAUCGACAAGCUAAAGGACGAUGUGCUGGCCGAAUUUCUACCCCCGGAGUUUAAGAACGUAACACUCCCGAAGAUCGAAGAUGUACAGAAAGUGAUCAAGGACAAGUGUUCGCGGGUUGCCGGCAGCGAUGCGUCGUACGAGGAGGCCGAGCAAGCCGCACAAAAGUUUGGCGACUGCAUGAAGGAUCUAGUGGAUUUCAGCGACUUGCAAGAGGAGAUCAAAAAGGCCAAACCAACGGGUGAUCUGGAUACCGUGUUCAACAAAUACUGUCGUAGGCGUUCCGCAGCCAUCGAAUGUAUCGAUACGUUUUCGAACAAGAUCGAUGUUUGUCUGGAGAAUGACGAGAAGGAAAGCAAAGUGGUGAUGGUGAACAUUGUCCACGGGCUGCUAAAUUUCGUCUGUCACAAAGACGGCGAUCAAAUUGCAUUGUUCAUUGCCGAGGAAGGUCCGGAAUGUUUUUCCGAUCAGAAGGAUGCUCUAAUUGACUGCGUCAAUGGAACAUUGUACGGGUACAUGCAGGAAGAGUAUACCCCCACAGCAGAUGGGCUUCCAAAGCUAGUAAUGGGCAAAAAGCAGUGCGAUGAAAUGAGCUCUCUACAGGAUUGUAUGGUGCAGGCUCUGGAAGGAUGCAAAGAAUCUACUCCUGCCAAUUUGGUCGAAUCGUUGUUCAAGUUCGUCCGCAGAGAGACGCCUUGUGCCAACAUUACCGGUGAAGCCACCCCACGAAAAAAUGCCCGCGGUGCUGGGGAACUGGUGCGAGGCUCGCAUCAAAUAAUUCUGUCCACGUUCAUUAUGGCACUGGUGGCCAAACUCUUAGUACGCUAGUAGGUGCCAAAGUGGAUUUACGUAUGUUCCUGUUUUUAAUGCAAAGCUGACUGAAGAAAAAAAAAUCUACCUUUUCUACACAAUGCAGGGACUGUAAUUAGGAUAUGUUUAUAAAAAGUGUUUACAUUGUUCCAUUUAUCAAAUUUCAACAGUUAUUAAAACACAUUUUCCAAUUGAACUUGUUGAGCAUAGAAGCAGAAAAAUCGUUACACUAGUGUGAAAAGAUGUAAGACGAAAAUU